UCAAUUUAUUUUUGGUUAUUUUGUUAAUUUUAUUUAUUCUGAUUUUUGAGUUGUUGGUCGUUGAUAUUUCCGAUUCUGCGUUGUUGAUGAACAUUGUUAAUGCUAGAAUUUUUUCUGAUUCUGAGUUGUUUAUGUUAAUUCUGAGUUGUUUAUGGCUUUAUGCUGGUUUUUCUGAUUGAGUUGUUAAUUUUGGUUGCUGAUUUUCAUUGAAUCUGAAUUGUUGAUGGUGGUAUGGUAAAAUUGAUUUUGUUGCUGCCUUCUGAUUUUGAUUUUCUGUGCUUGAUUUAUUUGUUCUCUGUUCAUGAUUUUGUUACUGGCUUCAUUAUUUGUUUGUUUGCUGGCUUCAUGAUUCUGAGGUUAUUUUUUCAUGAAUUUGUUUGAUGGCUUCAUGAAUUUGUUUGCUACUUCAUGAAAUCCUCUGAGACUGCUAAUUACAAGAGGGCUACUGAACUAGAAGACAUCAUACGUAGGAAGAAUUCGACGAUCUCAAAAUUAAAGAAGGAUUUGGUGGUUCUAGAACAAAAGGUUAUGCAGCUUACUAGAGAACGCCGAGCCUCCUUCACUGCCUUUUAUUUAAUAUUUAAUUAAACCGGUUGAAUCCCGGUUGAACUCCGGUCGAACCAGUGAAUCAUUGAACCAGUGACCUCACCGGUUUAUUGACCGAGGAUUAGGGCAAGGCAUUGAAGUUGAAGUGUGGAAGAGUUCUUAAGAGGUUGUUUCCACUAAAGGAAUGGAGGUAUAUGGUAAAUCUAUGGUUGCAGCUCCUGCAAAUGUUAUUUAUAUGUCGAGUAUUUUGGGCCGUGAUGGACCAAAUCCUGUGCAUAAGUGCGACUGGAAAUGUGAAAACGAAAAUGUUUGUGGGAACAUGUAUCACUGCAAGCUAACAGGGCUAACUCACAUCUGUGAUAAAAACUGUAACCAGAGAAUUUUGUAUGAUAACCACAGCUCGCUUUGUAGAGCAAGUGGUCAAAUUUUCCCCCUUACACUAGCAGAGGAACAAGCAGUGAGGGGUGUUCGAAGAAAGCUCGAUGCGGAUAAUUCAUCGUCUGAUGGCUGUGAUUUUAAGCAUAGACGGGAUGCACAAUUCCAUACUUCUCCUUUCGAGAGAUCUUUUUCUGCUGUCAGUCCUAUCUGCAGCCAAGUUGGAGAUGGCAUGGAUAUGAGCUAGAUACAUAUUUCCUUCCUUUUUGGAUCUUUUUUUCUUUUUCCCUUUUACUAUCAAAUGAGUAUCAAUUACAGCACUUGAAUAAAUGGACUACCUAUUGGUGGACAAUAUGUAUGUCCAUCCACUUUGAGAACUCCUUAUAUUUCCAGUAAUAAUGUAAUGUGGCACUUAAAGUAGCUUGACUGGUUUAGUAUUCAGAUGACUUUAGUUUCUUGCUUACCUUGGUGGGAAGCAGACAUUUAGCUGGCUACAAGAUGAAACUCAGACUUUAUGAUGCCUGGAUUUGAUUUAGGACCUGAAAUGAUGUACUAUGUAUCAGCAUUCAACAAUUUACUUAACUAUAACCCUUUUCUAGCUGGCUGUUUUGUAGUUUCUAGCGAAUAUCUAAUUGCAAUGCAUAACUUUCCAAGAGUUGGUGCGUUAAUUACUAAUACUACUGCUGUGAGUGGCACUAUUUUAUUUUAGAUCUUGUUUAUCUUAAUUCCAUUAGAAUAGUGCACCAUUGGCAGUCAUGUCUAUUAGGCUGAUAAUUCUAAUCAGGGUAAUUUUUGAUAACCUUGAUCAAUGCAGGUAAUGUUCCUAAUAUGCUCAAAAUAGUCAAGUAUGAAGUAUGUGAAAAACACUACUCUUUCUUUUUUUUUUUUCAUUUUUCCUUCCUGAAUGUCUUCCUACUUUGCAGACUCACCAGAGAUGGAAUAGCUUACAUUUUUAAAAUUGUCAUUCUAUUAUCUUUUCUUUACAUCCUCUGAUUUAUUGCUGGCUGUCUGAGUUUAAUGUAACUUGUGCAGGUUCAGAAGCAUGUACUAUCAAGGAGCUUUAUAAACAUUUGUAUUGCAGAUAAAUAUAGAAUUGGUUUAUAUUAGAAAAUGAAAUAUUGAUACCUAUCUGCUUAUUUUCUAGAUGUAGGAACAAGCAUUGCCACUUAUGCUAAAGUUUGCAUCUACUGGAGUUUGGAUAGGAGGAUGGUUAUGGGGUUGUGAAGAAUCUUGAGAUUCCACAGGUGCUUCAGACAGGAAGUGACAGACAGAUGGUUACGAUGUCCUCGCUUUGCAAGUUUUAAUGAAUCUGUUAAGAUUUGAAAAGCUUGGAAAGUAUAUACCCAGUUACAUGUUAAAUUAAGACCACAUUUCUUUAUCCACCAAAUCAGAUUAUCAUCUAUUGGGUGUGACAUUUAUUGGGCUAAAAGAGAAGAACUUGAUCAAGGCAGACCUAGUUAUUUGCAAGUAUGAGCACAAUGUAUAUAUCAAACUUGCAUUUCCUCUAUACAUUUGAGUAUUGAAAAAGAUUUACCCUGUAUUUGAGCCUUAGGAUAUUUUCUUGCAAGUUUUUCAUUGUCGUCUGGGCAGAUUCAACUUUGUAUUGAAUGAUAUUAUGUAUUUUGAAAUUUUGAUGCCAUAAAUUUGUAAUGGUAACCAUGGCUGUUGUUUUUACUCUAUCAUUUUUGUAACAUACCAUUAAUAUUAAUUAGUGGAACAUUUAGAACAGUUGAGUUUCACUUG